CCUUAUUUUUAUCAUCUAUCAACUUUCUCUAUGAUCUAUUAAAACUCACAAACCUGGAUCCACAAUUCAAUUCUGCAACUAUAUACAAAACCCCCCAAAGAGUAUUUUCCUUUCUAAUCCAAAGUCAAUCGAUGGCACUAUGCAGAAGAACAUUGCUCAAAGUUAUCGUUCUAGGAGACAGUGGGGUUGGAAAAACAUCUUUGAUGAAUCAAUAUGCACUCAAGAAGUUUAGUCUGAAAUGCAAGGGUACAAUAGGUGCUGAUUUUGUUACCAAAGAUUUACAGAUCGAUAACAAACUCGUUACAUUACAGAUAUGGGACACUGAAGGGAAAGAGACAUUUCAAAAUGUGUGUGCUGACUUUUAUAGAGGAGCUGAUUGUUGCGUUCUUGUCUAUGAUGUCAAUUGUUUUGAGUCAUUUGAUAUUCUUGAUUCCUGGCACGAUGACUUUCUCAAAAAGGGAAAUACUUCUAAUCAUGGGAUUUCUCCAUUUAUUUUGCUUGGAAACAAAGUUGAUAUUGAUGGCGGGAAAAGUCGAGUGGUUCCUGAGAAGAAAGCAAAGAAAUGGUGCGCCUCAAAAGGGAAUAUUCCCUACUUUGAGACUUCUGCAAAAGAGGACUUCAAUGUUGAUGAUGCAUUCCUGUGUAUUGCAAAAACUGCUUUAGCCAAUGAGCGUGACCAGGACAUAUGUGUUCAACCUAUAUGGCCUGCUAUGCUAGAGAAUGAACAGAGAGUUGGAUGUGCAUGUUGGUUUGAAUUUCUCUCUACUGCAUUGACUCAAGUUCUUCAUACACUUUUUGGAAAGAGAAUAUGAGAUGUUUGAGUAACUAAUGUUUACCCUUGAUGUUGUCAUUGUACUCAUGUUUGACUUGUGAUCCAACUUUAGAUGUUACAUUUGAAUAAUUUAGUUUUAUUUAUGUUUGUUUUAAAUUGGUAAUAAGAUGAUGGAAUGGACAUGUAGUGAACAAUAGUUAAGUAGAAUACAUCUUGGAAAUAAUGUUUACCCCUGAUGCAUGAUUUUGCUACUAACAAGUUUUAGAUUCCAUCUAUUUUCCCUUUA